CCGCAGGAAACCCACCACGCCGCUGAUCAUCCCCCACCCUUUCGCAACCAGGGGCAUGGAGGACGGCGACGACCGCGACAUGUGGUGGUGGACCAUCGAGGGCCUACGUUUUGCAAAGCGCGCCUCCGCACUCCCCGACGCUGACGCCCUAGUUCAGGUGACUAACGCAGAGACAGGCGUGGUCUCGUUCAAACCCGCCGCCGCCAUGCGCGACCCCAAAGCACCCGUCGUGCCGGAUAGCCAGCUGUCUUUCGAGGACCUCUCCUUUGCUUCCACGCACAUGAUCACGGCCAUGCGUAACCACCACUGGGAAAAAGAGCGAGUUGACCAGCUCUACGAGUUCUGGCGCGUCCUCCUCGGCCACCCCUGGUGGUACAGUCUGGACGGCUCCCAGCUAUACCGCAACGCCCUCCUCGCUUACCAGGAGGACAGCCGCAAGGACUGGCACUUCGCCCUCCGGGCCAAGUCCGGCUACAGGCUCGAGUUCAGCGAGGACGAUCUCAAACUGGCGCGCGAAUCCCUGUUCUUCAGGGUGAAGAACAGCUACGGAGGGGAAUACACGAACUCGACCACAGCCCCUUACGGCCGCGCAAACCGGGAGGAAAAACGCCGCGCAACCUCACCCGACCCAUCCG